AUGUCGCUUCCACACAGCAGCAGGAAGCGCCCAAACAGUAGCGCGGAAGAGCAGUCAUCGAGGGCAUGCGAUCAAUGCAGAAGUCGCAAGGUUAAGUGCGAUCGUCAGCAGCCCGAAUGCUCUAACUGCCGCAAGGCCGGAGUGACAUGCGACUUUUCUGAUAUGCUUAGGCGCGUUAACUAUGCCAAGCGACUCCAUGACGAGUUCUCGAGCGUUUCAGCUCGUAUGGAUAAGCUUGAAGCGACUGUGGCCAAGCUUCCAGAGCAGAUCGCUCAGAGCUUGUCGUCGUCUUCCCCAGCAUCAAAUGCUUCGUCGUUGAGUGGACCCGCAGGCCCACGAAGCCUCUUGAAUAAAGCACAAGCCAUGAUCUUGAAUCCAAGGAAUGCAGAAAACAAAUACGAGGAGACUUCUGAGAAAUGGCAGCCGCAUUUCGAACGGAUUCAGAUCGCCCAAGGGGGCGAGCGAAUCGUCGGUUACCCAGCAGCACUAACCCUCUUUGUCUCUAUCAAGAGACACUUGGUUAGAGCAUUGACAUCAACUACGCGUGACCCUUCUCAAGAUACGAAUAGCAACCACUACCUGUCGAGACUGAUGCGCACUAAACCCUUCCUACAGCCCGAAUUCCAGAAACACUCGCAAGUAUUCCCGUUCAAUGGGAUCUGUAAUGACCCGUCCAUCAAGUCCGAUGGUCGGACUCUCAGCACACCACCACGCACCUUGUUAGUGCCAGCACUCGAGUAUUUUCUCGAGCACGUCAACUCGUAUAUCCCUAUCUUCGAAGAGGCCUACCUUCGCGAGAUGGUGGACGAACACUAUGCAGAUAUCAAUAAGGACCAGAGCGCUUCGAGACCUUUGAUACUAAAUUGUAUUAUCCUCCUGAGCCUGAACAACUCGGCAAGAAGGAAUGGAAUUACCGAUUCGCACAUGGGUACAAUGGGAGAAGACCUCAUUCCGACUUUUAGAAGGAAUUGCGACAGAGCGCUUGCCAACCUAUUUGAGUUCACUCGCCCUGCACAAGGCAACGUUCAAGCACUUAUGACACUGGCAUUGGUUGCACGCGAGUCCUACGGUUCUAUGGCCUUUGAAAAAGUCUGUCAGGUAGCAAGUCAGCUCGUCCGGUCCACGGGGCUCAACUUGGCAAGAAGACCCCCACCGGCAUCCUGGGAGAAAAUGAACCAACCAGAAAAGCUUUUCUGGGCAAUGUAUAUGCUCGACAAACAACGAGUCUUCUUCAAUGGGCACCCUUGCGAUCUUUAUCUAUUCGACUCCGACUUACAGCUUGCAAGCUGCCGUGACGACGCGACCUACUCGGAGCGACUGAAUGCGGCGACGGUCCAUCUGGCAGCUAUCUGGGAAGAAAUUUUCAUCGCCUUGUAUUCAUGUCGUGGUUCCCGAUCGAGCAAUGCUCAUCGUAGUCGUCAGGCUGAAAUGCUUCGAAACUUGGUCAAUGAAUGGGGCUUGCAGCACCAUACCGUCAUCAAUCAACUAUCUUCACUAGAAGUGCCACCGGGCAGCGAUCCACUGCAAAUUGAACUGAAAUAUACCUAUCACGCAACACAGAUUCUGAUCAAUCGAUGCGAUUCGAGUGAGGAAAGUCAACAGCAAAUUUUAUUCCAUGCACGCAGCGCUUUAAAAAUUAUCCACCUGCUCGCAAGCGCACAGCCGUUGACUGUGAGCCAUCUCGUAGCAUUGGAGCGUAUUUUCCGCAAUUAUCCAGCAGUUGCUUUCACUGAUCUUCUUGCUGUUUGCUUAACUAAAGGUUUAGUUGGUAGGGAAGAAGAUUUACAACUACUCCGAACUGCUCGUAACGCUUAUCAACUCAUUCACGAGCCUAAUAUGUAUUUCGGUCACGUCGAGAAGCCUUACACGGGAUUCAAUUGGUGCAUCGGAUUGCUUGAUUUGGUAGAGAGUGCAGAACGUGGAAAUAACCGGACACCGAUGACGGGCUCUUCAUUCCAGCAGCCAAUAACACAUAUACAGCAGAAUUUUGAUACUUCGAAGAACUCUUUCCAGAUGAAUAUGGCUCCUCAAGGAAAUAUGGUGUCGAGCCAUCAAAUCCCUCCAGCAAAUUGUGUUCCUACUGGGUUGCCAAAUGAAGCACCAGUAGUUCCUACAACCGGAUCUCUCGAAACGGGUUUCUUUGACUUUGAUUUCUACCAGGGAUUGUUCCAGCAAGAAUCAUGGGAUUUGUCUACGUCCCUUUAG